AUGCUCCCGUUCCGGAAUCCCCUUCGGAGGGAUACCCUGCUUUGCGGCUCCUCUGAGGGGAAGGAUGCCGCUGCUCUUCCGAGGGGCACGAUUUCUUCCUUCUUUUUCUCCAGGAAGUCGUCGACGACGUCCCAUCGAACGGGUGAGAAGGCGGCGAUCCUCAUAGUCCUCGUUCUCCUCCUCUUCCUCUCUGCUCUGCUUCGGCUCAUCUGUUUCUGAGAGGAUUUUUGCCGAUGGAUUCAAGGCGAGGGGAAGGUGCAGGAGCUGUGCGUAUACGAGAUCAACGAGAGGGAUCGGGAGAGCCCCGCCUACCUCAAGCUCAGCCAGAAAAAGACUGAGAACGCACUGGGUGAUCUCGUCCCCUUCACCAACAAGGUAAUCGGCCAUUCUUCCGACAUACUCUUCCCCUCUUCAAUCUUUGGCGACAAACUCCCGGUCGAAAUGGGAACUCUUGGCUGAAUCUGUGCCGUGGGCGGUGCUGCUACAGCUAUAUCACGGGAACCUGCAGAAGCGGGUUGGGAUUACGGCGGGGAUCUGCAUCCUGAUAAAGCACCUGCCGGAGAAGAACGGCGACCAGUACGAGGCCAUCUACAGCUUCUAUUUCGGGGACUACGGGCAUCUUUCCGUGCAGGGCACCUACCUCACCCACGACCCCACCUACCUCGCCGUCACCGGCGGCACGGGGAUCUUCACUGGGGCCUACGGGCAGGUUAAGCUGGAGCCGAUUGUCUUCCCCUUCAAGCUCUUCUACACCUUCUACCUCCAGGGGAUUCCCGACCUCCCCCAGGAGCUGGUGGGCACGCCCGUUCCCCCCAGCCCCACCGUCUCGCCGACGCCCGCUGCUGUUAAUGCCGAACCUCAAGCUACCAUCAAGAACUACACCAAGUGA